CCCAGGAGAGCUCAGACUCGUCUCAACCAGAGCUGUCCGUUCAACUACUGGUGCUGAAAUCACAAUCCCAUCUCCAAAUAAGGCUUACGUCGACCUUUGCGUCUCCCCCUCCCCACGUCGAAUACAACUUAAGGACUUUUCCUCCGAAGCAUUGUCACACAAAAAUGUGGAUUUGAUUUUGUGGAUUACUUCUGGGGAUACUCCGUUGAUUGCAAACUGUUCCUCUGUAGGCUACGAUCUUGCUUUGAAUAACAUUUUAUUGGAAUAGGCGUGACUGGAUUCACAGGAACAGACCAAUGAGGACACACAGAUGGUGGCCGGCGCUUCUGUUGCUCGGGGUCUUCUCGCUGCCGGCGACAGGGAAGCCCAGCGAGGAUGGGUACGGGCCCAUAAUGCACCACCCCCUCGUCAGGUUCCGACACAAGCAGGAUGGAAGCCCUGAGAGUCUUCACCUCAAAGGGUUCUUUGGCCGAGAUAGCCCCCGGGGACCGUGUGAGAAUAAGUACUGUGGUUUGGGACGGCACUGUGUGGUCAACGCUGAGACAGGCCAGGGCCAGUGCUCCUGUUUGGACCGCUGCAAGGCCCAUUACAAGCCUGUGUGUGGGUCUGAUGGACAUCUGUACCAGAACCACUGCCAGCUUCACCGGGCUGCCUGUCUCAAGAAGCAGAAGAUCACCACCGUCCACAGUGAAGAUUGCUUCUACAAAGGUGAUGAAUGCAGUCCGACUGACUACAGGAAGCUGAAGAACAGAAUGCUGGACCUGCAGAAGCACCACUACCUGAGAGAGGAAGUACCCGAAGGGGGCACCCAGGACAAAAUGGCACUCAAAAAGAUACUUGUGGAUAGGAUGUUCCAGCGGUUUGACGCAGAUGGCAGCGGUCUCGUGGACAGCACUGAGCUGUCGCUGAUAGUCAAACUGCAAGGCCCAUUCAAGGACUUCCCAGAAUGCACGCUGUUUGACCUUCUGAAGUACGACGACGGGGACGGCGAUAAACACUUGGCCAGAGAAGAGUUCUACACGGCAUUUGAGGUGGUGCGGCUCAGCCUGCCCGACGAGCUGAAGCUGAGCGUGACCACAGCCUCGGUGGGCCAGAGCCUCGUGCUCACCUGCGCCAUCACGGGGGCUCACAGACCCCCCAUCGUCUGGAAGAGGAACAACCAGGCGCUCAACACCCUGGACCUGGAGGACAUCAACGAUUUCGGAGACGACGGGUCGCUCUACAUAACAAAAGUGACUACGACCCACACGGGUAACUACAGCUGUCACGCUGCAGGGUACGAGCACCUCUCCCAGACUCACCUGCUUCAGGUCAACGUGCCCCCGGUUAUCAGGGUGCACCCGGAGAGCCAGGCCAGGGAGCCGGGCGUGACCGCCAGCCUGAGGUGUCAUGCUGAGGGAGUCCCCGCCCCCCAGCUCAGCUGGAUGAAGAACGGCGUGGACCUCACCACCCAGCUGUCCAAGCAGCUCACCCUGCAAGCCAACAGGAGCGAGGUGCACAUCAGCAACGUCCGGUACGAGGACACGGGAGCGUACACGUGCAUCGCCAAGAACGAGGCCGGCGUGGACGAGGACAUAUCCUCGCUCUUCGUGGAGGAUUCCGCCCGCAAAACACUGGCAAACAUUCUCUGGAGAGAGGAAGGUCUCGGGGUCAGCAAUAUGUUCUAUGUGUUUUACGAGGACGGCGUUAAAGUCAUCCAGCCAGUGCAGUGCGAGAUCCAGAGACACAUCAAACCCACUGAGAACCUGCUGGGGCUACAGGAGGAGGUUUGCCCGCAGACGGAGGGUGACGCUGAACAGAAGUGUGUCUGGGCCUCGGCCGUCAAUGUGAAGGACAAGUACAUCUACGCCAGCCAGCCCACCCUCAGCCGGGUGCUUAUCCUGGACACUCAGUCCCAGAAGGCCGUGCAGACUGUGCACACCGACCCUUUCCCGGUGAAGCUGCACUAUGACAGGUCCCACGACCAGGUGUGGGUUCUAAGCUGGGGGGAUGCCCAAAAAACCUCACCCACCCUGCAGGUGAUCCGCCAGGCGGGCGCGGCUCUGUCCCACCACACCGUCCACACGCAGCCCGUGGGCCGGCGCUUCGACCGCGCCGACGACUUCUUCAUCCCGCCCUCCACCCUCCUCGUUCCUCACGUCAGGUUCGGAUACGUCUUCCACAAGAACGAGCCCGUGCUUCACAAACUGGACCUGGAGACCAUGUCGACGGUGAAGAGCGUCAGCCUGGAGGGCCACAGCUGCGUGCCCACCUCCCUGGCCCACGCGCCCCUGGGGGGCCUGCUGGUGGUGGGCUGCAGGCACGCCCUGACGGGGGCCGCCAGUCCGCAGCUCAUCCUGGACAGCGUGACGGACGCGGUGCUGGGGCGUAACCGCCACGUGACGGGCGCGCCCUACGUCUCCCCGGACGGCCGCUACCUGGUGAGCGUGGACGACGCCGGCGGGCUGAUGAGGGUGCAGUCCGUGUCGGAGCGCGGCGAGGUGCGGGAGCCCUUCGACAUCCACACCAACCUGCACGUGUCCGACCUGGCCUUCCAGCGCUCCUUCACCCAGGCGCACCAGUACGACGUCUUCGCCAGCUCGGGCCUGCAGACCGACGCGCUCUUCGUGGAGCUGGCCACCGCCAACCUCAGGAUGAUGAAGAGCCUGAAGGAGCCGGUGCGGCCGUCCGAUUGGCCGUGGGGCCGGAGGAACCGCGUGAUGGUGGGCGGAGGCCUGUUCGGACAGUACCUGAUGACCCCCGCGAGGGACUCGCUCUUCAUCCUGGACGGGCGGCUCAACAAACUCAACUGCGAGAUCACGGGCGUCCUGAGGGGCAACACGGUGGUGUGGGUGGGCGACGCGUAGGCGCGGCGGCGCCCCGCCCGGCUGUAAGUAAAAUGCCCUCUUCUACGGUUUAUAAAAUGUAAAGGAGAAAACACAAAGAAGGCAAAACGAUUUAAAAAAUUUUCCUUUUCAUAAGCUGGACAUUGGUCCCUCAUUAAA